UAGGUACUCUUUUUUUAACGAGCUAUCAUCUAUUUUUCGAAACGGUAGUAGGGCAGGCCACGAUAAUAGGUGCACUUACUCUAGAAGUUCGUUCCGUUUCUCUUCAUGCGCACUCGCUGCAUGCAUGAAUCAAUUUACCGCCAAGAGUAUGACUCCGCUUCUUCCGGUGCAUGAGACUGCAUGACGUGCCUCACCUCGCGAGUUGAGGCAGUUCAUGCCGCUUAUGCAUUUAGUAUAUUUUAGCGCGAAAUAUAAAACUUAUAGGUUAUAUUUGUGUGAGCUUGCUAAAAAUGGCAGAUGAUAAAAUUAUUCUUCCAAUUCUUUUUGGCAAAAAAGAAGAAUUGUAUACCGUUAUGGUAUCACCUGAGCAAUAUAAAUGGAUAAAAGAUGGAGAUCAAGAUGUACUUCAGAAAAUAAUUAAUGAAGAAACAGAAAAAAGAAGUGCUACUACGAUCCAACAAAUUACAAAUUCUAAUGAUUGUAAUCAAAAUUUUACAAGUCUAAAAUUAGAUUCAAUUGAAGGUGAUAAUGUCAAAGAAACUCAAAAAGAAAAUGAACCUGAAACAACAUUUACUUGGCCAGAAAAAGCUGUCAUGCUCUUUUUAGAGUUAUAUCGUGAACAAGAACAUGAAUUCACUACUGGGUUAAAACGUCAUAACAAAAUAUGGUCCGAAAUUGCUACAGAAUUGCAGAACUCAAAUUAUAACGUUUCUAAAAUACAAGUUCAAAAUAAGAUGUCAAGCUUAAAAAGAACUUAUAAAAAAAUUAAAGAUUCGAAUGCUAAGAGUGGAAAUCACAACAGUUCUUGGACAUUCUAUUCCAUUAUGGAAUCUUUAUUUAGCAAUAAAAGCUGGGUUUGUCCUUCAGCUGUAACUAGCAGUGAUGGACCAGCUGAACCCAGUGCAUUUCCGUCAACAUCUGCAAAUUAUGAAGCCUCACAAUUUUCUUCAUCUACGGAUAAUUUAGAAUGUCAGGAUUUUGUCUAAACCUAAAAAAGGGAAAGUAGAAAUGGUCUUGGAAUCUUUCAUAUCAGACCUAAAAACUAAUAAGGAUCAGACAAAAGAAGAGAAAAGAAAAGAACGACUGGAAGGAGAAGAAAAAAAGGAACAGAGAUGGCAGAUGAUUGCAGAAGAAAGAAGACAGAUGCAUAAAGAAAACUCAGAAAUCCAAAAAUCCUUUGUUCAUCUUCUUGGUAAACUUGUAGAAAAACAAAACGAAUCUAAAUAACUUUCUUAAUUUUUUUUUCAUAUGAGCAAUGUUUUGAUACUUUAGUAGUUGAAUAUUUUUUUGAAAUUAAAAAUAUGGUUAAAAUAUUGUAUAAGUAUUCAUUGCAAGAUUUUCUUUAUUUUAUGCAUUGUUUACGAAUGUUUAGUUUAUUAUUUGUGAGUAAGUUCUAUAAAGUUCCUAUAAAUUUUCUUUAAGAUUUCUUUAAGCGUUAAGUUUAUCUGUAUUUUUAUUUGCUAACGAUACUUGAAAUUCCCAAAUAAAAAGUAUUUUAGUUUCAUGUAUACCAAAGAAGUAAUUAAAAAUUGUUGAUAAAAUUUCUGUAUUGAUAUAAUAUUUUUUUUUAAUAUAAGUAAGCCAUUUAAUAACAGUUGGUUUUCAGUCCGUUUAAACUCGAUAUGUAAAAUAUAUUAAAUUAUAUUAAUAAAAUAAAUAAAAUAUUUCGUUACUGA